UCGCCUUUUAUUCAAAAUGAUAAUACCGGAUACAGAUAUUUUGAUAAUGCAUUUGUUUAAGAAAGGAAAAACGCUUCCUGGAUAUUGUAUUACGAAAAAACAAACUUCAACUUUUGUUUACAUAGAAACGAGGAAAUAGUAAAUACAUUUCACGUAUUGAAUCAAGAUUCCAAGUGUUCUUCAAUUCAGGUAAAAGGAAUAAAUAUGAAUAAUAACACUAUUCUCAAUAAUAUAACUUUAUCAGAAUGGAACGAGGAAAUAACAAACAGUCUUAUGCCGAACAUUAUCAUACUUUCAGUUUACCUUGCGUUUGGUACAUGUGGAAACGUCUUUGUGUUGUUGGUAUAUGCGUUUCAGAUGAAAGAGCCAUCCGACGAAAGAUAUUUCAUACCAAUAUUAGCAUUCUUUGAUAUGAUAGCAAUAAUAUAUCUUGGAGUGCAUUAUAUAUUUCAGUGUUUCAAUCAGACGACAUUUUCAAACAACAUUCUAUGUAGGACACUCGUCUUUUUUGUUGCAAAUACUACUUAUAACUCGGUUUCCAUAUUAUUUAUUAUUGCAGUUCAGAGAUACAGGAAAGUAUGUAUGCCUCUGAAACUACCAAUGUCGAUUUCUGUGAAAAGAACUGCAUUGUUUAUCGCGAUUAUCAUAUCAUUGCUUUUCGCCUUACCGUUAUCAUUUGUAUAUGGGACGAUUCCAUACCAUAGCACUAACUAUGGUAUCUCGGGAAUGAGAUGUGGAAGAUUGAAAGAAGAACAUGCCUCUAUCAAGAUUAUGUAUUCGAUUGUAUCUAGUAUCCUCGCGUUUGCCGUAGUUACAUUACUUAUCAUCAUUUACGGCAGAAUUUUAAAGACGGUGUUUAGCAGCUUAAAAGUACAAAAGAACGACGCAAGUGGAGCUAAGAAAGAAAUUGAAAAAACUGAUGAUGACAAAAAUCUUCCUCAUAUUGAAUGUAAAGAUAUGGAGAUGAUGACCUCAUCAAAUCAAUCAAUGAUACCAGAAACUAAACCAGAUUUUGUCGGACAGCAGGCCAUUAAAAGUCGACCUGUAGCAAAUAAUAUGGAAUCAACUGCAUCUAGAAAACGGAGAAUAAUCAAUCGUCGAAUAACCAAUAAACUAACAGUUAUGUUUUUUAUUACAACUACAGUAUUUGUACUUUGUUUUAUACCAAAGGUGGCAAUUAUGGGUCUUGAAGGAAUCGACGAAGAUUUUUGGGAAAACCUGUCCACCUCGCAAAGACCUGGUGUGACGUUCAUAUACCAUAUCUUUAUUAUCAAUAAUAUAGUUAACCCUAUAAUUUACGCUUUUAUGGACAUUGAGUUUCGCGAUAAUGCAGCAAUUUUAUUGAAACGCAUGUUCAUUAAGCCGUGUUUUUGCAUUAGAAGAAUUCGCGUGUAAUAUCAAAUGUGUAUAUAAAACGUAUAAUACGUGUGUUACGGAUUUGCUUUAUUUCAUUUAACCGUCUGCAAACGAAUUAUGGGGAUUCUAUAAAGUAGACCGAACAAGAUGUAUUUUCAAUUAUUAACUCGAAUUUUGUAGUUCGUUUUGUUCGUUAAGUUCCUUGAUUCAACUUAAAAUCAUAGAUUUCAAAAUUAAGAUUAAACUUCUACUCGUUUCACUUCGUAUAAUAAAGCUGAAGUGGUGAACUUUAAUUGUUUACUUACCACAGAAAUAUGAAAAAUUGACAUACGCGUAAAACUUAUUAACCCAAAUCCAGACGUAUGCAGGACCAAAGUUAAAUCUACAUAUCCCCGAUGCUUUUUUUGCAAUCGAUGUUUUUUACAUUUAAUAUUAUGAAUUUUUUUCUUGAUUUAACAGUUUAAUAGUUGAUCCCUGAAUCAUAUUUGAAUAUCCUAACCAAACGUGGGAACGGAUUUUUACGUAUCAUAGAUGUUUUGGUCAUACGGCCGUUUGUCAAUUUGACAUACUCCAAUAACAAGUUGUUGAUUUAAACCUUCGAUUAGGAAACAUAUUACUAAAUUAAGUUUCUGCUUCAAUGUAUUUCAACGAAAACAAUCUACAUAAAUAUAUAUAUAUAGAUAUCAAUGACACGAAAUGACGUCAUCCAUAUUAAGGGUUAUAAAGCCUUUGCAACCGUUACUGAUAUCGAAAUCAUCACGGAUGGCUGAUACAGCACAAUUGUCAUUGAUUGUAAUACGCAUACAAAUUACUUGUAUAUACUGCUAAGUAUAUAAUACAAUAUAGUAAUAUACGAACAGGAUGUAACGUAAUUCUAAAGACAAACAUUUUUACUGAACAAAUGGACUUCUUCAGUUUCAACGAUUUUACCAAAUUCAACACAAUAGGUGUUUAUGUGAAAAAUUUAUAUGUUUUUUAUAUUUAUAUAGUUAUAUACUUUGAUUUUAAAAUUGUUUGUUCCUUGUGAAAUAUAAAUUAUAAUGAAUAAAAGUGAAAA